AGGAAUUUAUCAAAUGUAGAAGAAAUUGGGACUUGCUCCUAUAUUAAUCAUGUUAUUACCAUGACAACACUGUAUAUUCAGCAAGUAGUUAAAAAGCAAAAAAAAGGAAAAGGAAAUGGCUGAUCAGACAUCGAUUGAAGAAUUUGUGAUCCAUGCAUUGGCAUUCUGUGAAAGUUUAUAUGAUCCAUAUAGAAAUUGGAGACAUAGAAUUUCAGGACGAAUCCUUAGUUCUGUGGAAAAGAGCAGACAGAAAUACAAGCCAGCUUCUCUCACAGUGGAGUUUGUUCCUUUCUUUUAUCAAUGUUUUCAGGAAAGUGAACAUCUCAAGGAAAGUCUUAAGUGUUGCUUAUUGCAUCUCUUUGGAGCCAUUGUAGCCGGUGGGCAGAGGAAUGCUUUGCAAGCUAUUUCUCCAGCCACCAUGGAAGUUCUCAUGCGGGUUUUGUCUGAUUGUGAUUCAUGGGAGGAAGGAGAUCCUGAGGAAGUGAGUAGGAAGAGAGAACUAACUCUGAAAUGCCUGACACAAGUGGUACAUAUCCUUCUUACUAGCAGUUCUGACCAGCGUCAGGUGGAAACCAGUACGGUACUGGAGAACUAUUUUAAAUUGCUCAACUCAGAUCACUCAGCUUUACCCAAACAGAGGAAGUCCAUGCGGUGGGAAAACCAGUUCAUAGCUCUGCAGAUUAAGAUGCUCAAUACCAUCACAGCCAUGUUAGACUGCGCAGACAGGCCUGUUCUUCAGGCCAUUUUCCUUAACAGUAAUUGCUUUGAACAUCUCAUACGACUUCUACAGAACUGCAAGCUAUUUUUAAAUGCUCACAGUAUGGUGGCAGACAAGAACGAGAAAGACCUUGCCAACCAAUUACUGACAGAGAUAAGUGAGGACCAGGUAUUUCAGGGGCGGUUAGAUUGUUUGGCUGUAUCAACAAUUCAAGCUUUGACAGCAGUAAUGAAGAAUUCUCCAGCUGCUAAGGAAGUAUUUAAAGAAAGAAUUGGCUAUAUGCAUAUGUUUGAGGUAUUAAAAUCUUUGGGUCAGCCAUCACUAGAACUGCUGAAAGAACUUAUGAAUAUGGCUGCAGAAGGUGAUCAUACUUCAGUUGGAAUUUUGGGCAUUUGUAAUGUCCAUCCUCUCUUGGUUCUUAUCCAAUGGCUUCCGGAGCUAGAAUCACAUGACCUACAAAUAUUCAUCUCAGAUUGGCUGAAAAAAAUUUGUUGUAUUAAUAAACAGAGCCGAACUAUGUGUGUGAAUGCGAACAUGGGAAUAAGAAUCAUUGAAACUCUUGAAUCCCAUUCUUCCCUACAUCGAACUUGUGCUGAGAACUUGAUAACAAUUCAUGGUUCAUUGGGGAGUCUGUCUGUGAGUUCAGAAGAAAUCCGUCGACUACUACGAUUGCUGAGAGUAGAUGAAUCUGAGUUUAUUCAUCCGUAUACCAUUCCUGUGACUCGUGCAAUUCUGACAAUGGCACGGAAACUCAAUCUGGAGAGUGCACUGCAGUAUUUUAAUUUGUCACAUAGUAUGGCAGGAAUUUCUGUGCCUGCCAUUCAGAAAUGGCCUGGGUCUGCAUUUUCCUUCUCUGCUUGGUUUUGCUUAGAUCAGGAUCAAUUACCCCUUAACACUGCUAACAAAGGAGGAAAAAGGAAACAAUUAUAUAGUUUUUUUACAGGAAGUGGAAUGGGUUUUGAAGCUUUUAUUACUCACUCAGGUAUGUUGGUUGUGGCAGUGUGCACAAAAAGAGAAUAUGCAACAGUUAUGCUUCCUGACCACAGUUUCUGUGAUUCUCUCUGGCACAACAUAACCAUUGUUCAUAUGCCUGGGAAAAGGCCCUUUGGUCAGAGUAUUGUCUAUAUCUAUGACAAUGGACAACAAAAGGUUUCUGCUCCUCUCAGAUUUCCUGCCAUGAAUGAGCCAUUUACUUCCUGUUGUAUUGGUUCAGCUGGGCAAAGAACCACUACUCCUCCACCAUCUCAAAUCCCAGAUCCACCAUUUUCUACUCCCAUAACCCCUCACCGGACAUCAUUUGGUGGAAUAUUGUCAUCAGCCUCCUGGGGUGGAGCAAUUGAAAAAUCAAGAUUAAUUACCAAAUUAAUUUCAGCUGGAACUCAAGAUAGUGAAUGGGGUUGCCCCACAUCCUUGGAAGGCCAGCUAGGUUCUGUUAUUGUAUUCCAUGAAGUACUCCAGCCUUCACAGGUCAAGGCCUUAUAUUUAGCAGGUCCAAAUUGCUUAAGCCCUUGGAAGUGUCAAGACUAUGAUAUGGCCAGCCUGCCAAGUAACAUCCUCCUUCAGUACACAGCAAAGGCUUGCAAAAAUUCAAUUUGCCUUGACUUGUCUACUAAUUGUUUGCAUGGAAGAUUAACAGGAAACAAAGUAGUGAAUUGGGACAUUAAAGACAUCAUCAAUUGUAUAGGUGGGUUAAAUGUACUUUUUCCUAUCCUGGAACAAAUAAGCCACUUUAUUGAAGGACAGACUUCUGAAGUAAUGAAUGACAACACAGUUCCUGAAUUAAUAGCACCGAUUGAACAGGAAUGUAUGGCAUUGUCCUCCACAAAGGCAUCAGAGUCAAGACUAGAGAAAAAUCUAGUUGCAACAUUUAUCUUGAUUGUGAAACACUUUAUUCAGAGGCAUCCUAUCAACCAGGACAAUCUUAUUCAGUCCCAUGGGGUUGCAACUCUUGGUGCCUUACUUCAAAAGGUGCCAGGUACCCUAAUGGAUGUUAAUGUAUUGGUGGCAAUUCAAUUACUAAUUGAACAGGUAUCAUUGGAAAAAAACACAUUAUUGCUUCAACAAAUGUAUCAGUAUUUACUCUUUGACUUCUGCAUUUGGAACCGUGGAGAUUUCCCUUUUCGGAUUGGCCAUAUACAGUAUAUUUCAACUAUCAUUAAAGACAGCAGGAGAAUUUUCCGAAAGAAGUAUGGUGUGCAGUUUCUCCUAGAUACACUUAGGAUUUAUUAUGGGCAUGGUUGUACAUGUAAUGCGCUUUCUCCAGAAGAUAUUCGAACAAUUAGGACUUCUUUGUAUGGGCUAAUUAAAUAUUUUCUUUGUAAAGGUGGAACUCAUGAAGAAAUACAAAGUAUCAUAGGUUACAUAACUGCUAUUAACGAAGAAGAACAGCUUGUUGGAAUUUUGGAUGUACUCUUCAGUCUUCUACGAACCAGCCCAACUAGAGGUCAGCUUUUCUCACUGAUGUUUGAACCAGGAAAUGCUGAUAUACUGUAUGCUUUGCUACUAAAUCAGAAGUACUCUGACAAACUAAGAGAAAUCAUUUUUAAGGUUAUAGAACAGAUGUUAAAAUGCACCAGUGUUUAUGAACGUAGUAAACAACGCAUCCGUCUUAGAGAAGUUGGCUAUUCAGGAAUUGGACUCCUCCUUAAUGAAGUUCCAGUUAAUAUGUCUCUCAUUAAAAACCUUGUCAAUCAAAUCAUUAAUACAGAUCCUGUUAUCAAUUUCAAAGAUCUGUUAUCUGUAGUAUAUAUCUCUCACAGAACACACGUAAAUGUCAGAAUGGUCCUCUGUAGAAAGAUAUUACAGAUUUUGCAGUCCCAGCCAGAUGCAGCAUACCAGAUAGCACAACAAGUGGGUUGGCAAGAUACCUUUGUUAGACUUCUCUUAAAAGCAAACUUUGAAAAUGCAAAUUCUCUUCAUAAACAAGGAAAGGCUGUUUCAGUGAAAGAAAAUAAAAAUAUGUCAACUGAAAAGCUAGAUGAUGAAAAGAUGACAUUACCUGUUGUAUCUUCAGAUCAUUGGAGUUUGGAAGAUAGUCAGUCCCUGAACUCAAACACACCAUUAGUUCAAGAAGUAAACUCUGAAGUAGAAUUAUCUUUCAAGUCAGAAAAUGAAGAAGAAUUCUGGCAUAGUAACACUUCCCAUCUAAGUUUAGAUCUCAGUGGAACUGACUCAUGUGAACUGAGUGAGUGUGGAAGUCAAAUGCCAGAUAGUUCACCUAGCACACCAUCCCCAGUGGAGUCUACUAAGUCGUUUUCUAUGCCGUCUGACAGAGAAAGGAGUAUCACAAAUGAAAUGGACUUUAGUGAUGACUUCACUUUCCUUGAAAGUCAAGAGGAAUGUGAAGAGGAGCUUCUUCAGUUGGUUACAAAUAUUUUGAAUUAUAUAAUGUGUAAAGGACUAGAAAAGUCUGAUGAAGACACUUGGAUUGAAAGAGGACAAGUGUUUUCAGCAUUAACUAAACCAGGAAUAUCAAGUGAACUACUUCGACCAUCGGAUGAAAUAAAACUAACUUUGCUACAGAAGAUGUUAGAAUGGGCAGUCACAGAACACAGAGAUGUAAAAAGUAGUCCUGUAACUGCUGAAAGUGCUUUCCGACUCAUGCUGAUCAUACAGGACUUCCUGCAGUCAGAAGGACUGGUUAAUUCAAACAUGUGGACUGAGAAGCUUUUAGAAGAUAGCACACAGCUCCUUGAUUAUCUGUCAGCAUGGUAUUCUGAGAAUCCAGGAUGGGUAAAACUCUCUCAGAUACAGAUCCAGUUGCUUCUGGAGUUCAUUGGAAGAGGCAGUUUGCAGGUUUGUGCAAUAGCAUCAGCUAAGCUAAAUGCCCUUCUUCAGACUAAAGUGAUUGAAAAUCAAAAUGAAGCAUGCUACAUUUUAGGGAAACUAGAACAUAUUCUAAGUCGGUCAAUCAAGGAACAGACAGAAAUCUAUUCAUUUCUGAUUCCUCUUUUCCGUACUCUGGUUUCUAAAAUUUAUGAGCUUCUUUUCAUGAACUUGCACCUGCCUUCUUUGCCUUUUACUGAUGGAAGUACUUCAUUUUUUGAAGAUUUUCAAGAAUACUGCAAUUCAGAUGAAUGGCAAGUUUACAUUGAGAAAUAUAUUAUACCUUACAUGAAGCAGUAUGAAACACAUACAUUUUAUGAUGGUCAUGAGAACAUGACACUUUACUGGAAGAAUUGCUAUGAAGCCUUAAUGGUGAAUAUGCAUAAAAGAGACCGAGAGGGAGGAGAAAGUAAACUGAAAUUUCAGGAGUAUUUUGUGGAGCCAUUUAAUCGAAAAGCACGUCAAGAGAACUUGAGGUACAAUAAUAUGAUUAAACAACUUAGCAGUCAACAGUUGACCACUUUUAGAUGGUGGAAGGCAAUUAGACUCUAUCUUACAUGUGAAAGAGGGCCUUGGGCUAAAAGGAAACAGAAUCGAAUUCAUUGGAAACUGGCUAAUGUAGAAAAUUAUUCCCGCAUGAGACUUAAGCUGGUACCCAAUUAUAAGUUCAAUACCCAUGAGGAUGCCAGUGCCUUAAGAGAUAAUUUAGGUGUCCAACACUUGCAGCCUUCUAGUGACUCUUUACUUUUGGAAGUAGUGAAACAAGUUAAACUUAGUGAUAUGGAGGAAGAUAAACUAGAACUUCUGGAAGAGGACAUGGUAGCCAGAGUAAAUAUUGAUGAGAAGGAAGAACAGGAUCAAAAGGAAAAAUUGGUGUUGACUGAAGACUGUGAACUCAUUACAAUAAUCAACAUAGUUCCUGGCAGAUUAGAAAUCACUACUCAACACAUUUACUUCCAUGAUAACAGUAUUGAAAAAGAAGAUGGAAUAGGCUUUGAUUUUAAGUGGCCUCAUUCUCAAAUUCGAGAGAUUCACUUACGUCGUUACAACUUAAGGAGAUCAGCACUUGAGAUAUUUCAUAUUGAUCAAUCUAACUACUUUCUCAAUUUCAAAAAAGAGGUUAGAAACAAAGUAUAUAGCAGACUGUUGUCACUUCAUUCUCCUAAUAGUUAUGGAGCAAGAUCACCACAAGAAUUGUUCAAAGCAUCAGGAUUGACACAGAAAUGGGUGAAUCGAGAGAUAACAAACUUUGACUACCUCAUUCAAAUAAACACAAUGGCAGGACGAACCUAUAAUGACCUUGCACAGUAUCCUGUAUUUCCCUGGAUCUUACAAGAUUAUACUUCAGAAGAGUUGGACCUUAAUAACCCCACUGUAUUUCGAGAUCUUUCUAAACCAAUUGGAGUGGUUAAUGAAAAAAAUGUGAAAGCUAUGCAAGAAAAGUAUGAAACUUUUGAGGAUCCAAUGGGAACGAUUGAUAAGUUUCAUUAUGGUACUCACUAUUCAAAUUCUGCAGGUGUCAUGCACUAUCUUAUUCGUGUAGAACCAUUUACUACCCUCCACAUCCAGCUUCAGAGUGGAAGAUUUGACUGUGCAGACCGGCAGUUCCAUUCCAUCCCUGCUACCUGGCAAGCUCUUAUGGAUAAUACAUAUGAUGUAAAAGAACUUAUUCCUGAAUUCUUCUAUUUCCCUGAGUUUUUAGAAAAUCAAAAUGAAUUUAAUCUGGGUCAGCUACAAGUUUCUCAAGAACUGGUAAAUGAUGUCAUUCUUCCAAGAUGGGCUAAGUCAGCUGAAGAUUUUAUUUAUAAACACAGAAAAGCUCUGGAGUCUGAAUAUGUUUCUGCUCAUCUUCAUGAAUGGAUAGACCUGAUUUUUGGCUACAAACAAAGAGGACCAGCUGCAGUAGAAGCACUCAAUGUCUUCUACUACUGUAGUUAUGAAGGUGCUGUAGAUCUUGAUGCCUUAACAGAUGAAAAGGAAAGAAAAGCCUUAGAAGGGAUGAUUAACAAUUUUGGACAAACACCUUGUCAGCUGUUAAAGGAACCACACCCUCCAAGAUUAUCAGCAGAAGAAGUCAUACAAAAGCAAACCAAAACAGAAAUCUCAACCCUAAACCUCUUUCAGCACCUCCCUGAAUUGAAGUCAUUUUUUAUAGAGGGAAUUAGUGAUGGUAUUCCUCUAUUAAAGGCCAUCAUCCCCCAAAAUCAAUCUCGUUCUUUUAUGUCUCAAGGCAGCCCUGAGUUACUGGUAACAGUAAACAUUAAUUAUGUUAUUGGAACCCAUGGAUGGCUACCUUAUGACAGAAAUAUUUCUAACUACUUCACAUUCAUCAAGGAUCAAACUGUGACUAACCCAAAAGCUCAGCGAACUGUGAAUGGUCCUUUUGCUCCAGGGCUGAAAAUCACUUCCAAGCUGUUUGUAGUGUCACAUGAUGCAAAGUUGCUCUUUAGUGCUGGACACUGGGAUAAUAGUAUCCAAGUAACAUCACUUACCAAAGGCAAAAUUGUCUCACAUAACAUCCGACAUAUAGAUAUUGUGACUUGCUUAGCUACAGAUUACUGUGGAAUACACUUGAUUUCUGGUUCCAGAGACACUACAUGUAUGAUAUGGCAGAUAAUGCAACAGGGAGGCACUGCUGUGGGCUUAGCAUCUAAACCUUUUCAGAUUCUUUAUGGACACACUGAUGAGAUAUUGAGUGUGGGCAUCAGCACUGAACUUGACAUGGCAGUAUCAGGGUCAAGGGAUGGUACUGUGAUUAUACAUACCAUUCAGAAAGGUCAAUACAUGAGGACUUUACGGCCACCUUGUGAGAGUUCCCUGUUCCUGACCAUUCCCAGUUUGGCUGUCUCUUGGGAAGGACACAUUGUCAUCUAUUCCAGCUUGGAGGAGAAGCCUGCUCUCAAGGAUAAGAACAUGUUACAUGUGUUUUCUAUAAAUGGAAAGUAUCUGGGGUCUCAAGUCCUGAAUGAACAAAUAUCAGACAUGUGCAUAAUUGGGGAGCACAUUAUCACUGGCAGCUUACAAGGGCUCCUGUCUAUAAGAGAACUUCACAGUUUGAAUCUCAGCAUCACUCCAUUAGCCAUGCGAUUACCUAUCUACUGUGUUUCCGUGACCAAAGAAUACAGCCACAUUCUUGUAGGCUUAGAAGAUGGCAAAUUGAUUGUAGUAGGUGUUGGCAAGCCAGCCGAGAUGCGUUCAGGUCAGCUCUCUCGAAAAUUGUGGGGAUCUAGCAAGCGACUCAGUCAGAUUUCAGCUGGAGAAACUGAAUAUAAUACUCAAGAUUUCAAGUGAUUGUUAUUCCCACCAUCUGUGAUGGAAAACCAAACUUCAGUUAUUGCUUUGUCACUUUAGCUGCAUCUCUCUGCUCUCUGAAAAUCUUUAAGGAUUUUAUCUUAAAAAACAUUUAAAGAUUACGACGGUUUGAUAUUUGUGAAGAUGUAGGCUGAGUUGUACUUUAUGGCAUAUCCCUGUAAUGAUAACAUUUAAGAGGCUGAGGCAGGUGAAUCUUAAGUUCAAGGUCAGCAUGGGCUACAUAGCAAGAAUAAAAAUAAAAUUGUAGGUUCUAUUAAAUCAAUUUUAAAAGUUUCAUCAACAAUGUGUCUAGUUUUGUUAACCAGUACUAAAGUUGAAUUGAGAAAAUAUAUUUGAUUCAAUUUGGUAAUCCAUUUCUAAAUCAUUCAAUUCAAUUUUUAAAAAACAAACUUCUAAUAUUAUAUACUUAGAUUGAAUUCCCUUAAUCUAAGUAGCAAAAUUUAAGACAUUUCUAAUAAAGUAGCAUAGAUAAUGGAGAGUUGAGAGAUUCGACUUUUCAUGUAUUCUUUAGAUAAUCAUUUUCUUUUUACUGACCAUUACAUUAAAAGCAUAACCUUUUAGGCAUUUGUUGUACAAUUGAGUUUUCAAAAAUUGCAGGUCUGCACAAUUGGAUUAAAUACAAAUAUUGAAAUAAACAAUAGUUUAUUUCCCUACCCCUACCUUUAAUAUAUUAGUAAUAAAAAUUUAUUAAAUUGCAUUAUUAUCCUUAAGUAACAAAAGUUGAAUAGGAAAAAGAAAAACUAGAGGUAAUUUUUACAAAUGUACUUCAUUAACAGUAUGUUUAAACAAAAAUGCUAACUGUGGCUUUGGUCAGCUGGUCCUUUGAGUAACAUUUGCAGCACAAGUUACAUGUGUGAAAUUCAAAAUUUUGUGAAUUUGUCUUUGUUAAGCAAAAACUGUACUCUCUUUGUACUUAAUCCUUCCAUCCUGAUGAUCAUGAGUUGUCAGUGAUGUUCUAAGAGGUUGUGAAAGAUGGAGUAACACUGCAUAAUUCAGAGUAGCCAUUUAGAUAAAGUAAUACCUUUUAUUGCAUGUUAUAUACAACUGUUUGGAUGAUAGCUAUUUUGUUAAAGUUUGUUAAAUAUUACAUUAUGUCUAAUUUCUUAAGUAAAAAAGUUGAUUGAUUUAAUUUGGAAUUCAAAGUAAUUGUUAUUUGUUUUUUUGUAAAAGUGACUUUUGAGUUAUUAGGUUAGAGAAGUUUUACAACUACCAGUAUUGGCAAUCUGAGAUUCCAUGGACUUUGGGAAGAUUGGCAAAUCUCAGAAAUUGUACGGAAAUUUAUAUAUUGAGUCUAUUUUUGGGAAAGAAUUAUUGCAUGAUUCUCUUAAAAUGUUCUAUGGGCAACAACAGAUGAUUUUACAAUGGUAGCCUUUCAAAAUUGUAUUCUCUUUUAUUCUGCUGACCAUACAUUUCUUUAUACCUGAUUGUCUUUCCAGUUGAAUCCUGAAGAAAUUUUGAUUUUCAUUUUCCCUCUCCUGUUGACCACAGUAUCCUAUGGUCUUUUCUUUAUAAUCCCAUAAAUAAGUUUUUAAAAAUUUAGGUGUAAAAGACUGUGUUUAGGAAAAUUUUUCAUUAUUUUGAUUUGUUGUCAGUCAGGAUUAAUAAAACAUUGUAAAAUCAC